AUGGCUGACGAAACUAAGGCAGUAGCGCGAUUGGCCGCUAUUGCUGGCGGCUUUGCGCACUCAAUACCUAGUGGUGAUUUUGGUCUCAUCGGUCUGGCCGUCAUGGGUCAGAACUUGAUCUUGAACAUUGCGGACAACGGUUACACUGUCGUUGCCUUCAACAGGACUGUUGCUAAGGUCGACCACUUUUUGGAGAAUGAGGCCAAGGGAAAGAGCAUUGUUGGAGCUCACUCCAUCCAGGAGUUCUGUGAGAAGUUGAAGACGCCCCGUAAGAUCAUGUUGCUCGUCAAGGCUGGUCCUGCUGUCGACGAUUUCAUUGCUUCUCUUCUCCCAUUCCUGGAACCUGGUGAUAUCAUUAUCGACGGAGGUAACUCCCACUUCCCCGACUCCAACCGCCGCACCAGGUACCUUGCCGAGAAGAAGAUCCGCUUCGUCGGUGCUGGUGUUUCCGGUGGUGAGGAGGGUGCCAGAUAUGGACCUUCCAUCAUGCCCGGUGGUAACGAGGAGGCUUGGCCAUACAUCAAGGACAUCUUCCAGGCCAUUGCCGCCAAGUCUGAUGGUGAGGCGUGCUGUGAGUGGGUUGGUGAUGAGGGUGCUGGUCAUUUCGUCAAGAUGGUCCACAACGGUAUUGAGUAUGGUGACAUGCAGUUGAUCUGCGAGGCCUACGAUAUCAUGAAGCGCGGUCUUGGAAUGACUUGCUCCGAGAUGGGUGAUGUUUUCGCCAAAUGGAACACUGGCGUUUUGGACUCUUUCCUCAUUGAGAUCACCCGCGACAUCAUGAAGUACAACGACCCCGAGGAUGGCACCCCGCUCGUCGAAAAGAUCCUCGAUAGUGCUGGUCAGAAGGGUACCGGAAAGUGGACCGCUAUCAACGCCCUUGACCUCGGUAUGCCCGUCACUCUGAUCGGAGAGUCUGUCUUUGCCAGGUGUCUCUCUUCCAUCAAGGCCGAGCGCGUCAGAGCUUCAGAGGUCCUCGAGGGUCCUGAAAUCCCGGCCUUCACUGGCGACAGGGAAGCUGCCAUUGCAGACCUUGAACAGGCUCUGUACGCUAGCAAGAUCAUCUCUUACGCCCAGGGAUUCAUGCUUAUCCGUGAGGCUGCCAAAGAGUACGGCUGGAAGUUGAACAACCCUGCCAUCGCCCUCAUGUGGCGUGGUGGAUGCAUUAUCCGCUCUGUCUUCCUUGCGGACAUCACCAAGGCCUACCGUGCCAAGCCCGACCUCGAGAACUUGUUGUUCGAUGACUUCUUCAAGGCCGCUAUCCACAAAGCCCAGCCCGGGUGGAGAAGAGCCAUUGCCAAGAGUAUCGAAUACGGUAUCCCAACUCCUUGCUUCUCAACCGCUCUCUCCUUCUACGACGGUUACAGGACCAAGAACCUUCCCGCAAACUUGUUGCAGGCCCAACGUGAUUACUUCGGUGCCCACACUUUCCGCGUUAAGCCAGAGUGCGCUUCGGUCUCCUUGGUAGAAGGAAAGGAUAUCCACAUCAACUGGACCGGAAGGGGAGGAAACGUUUCUGCGUCAACAUACCUUGCUUAA